AUGGACAGCCAGAACUCGCUCAGCGUCUCGACCGGAGGAAAGAUCAAUGCCUAUGUGACGCAAGCCCAGGGCCAUCUGGAGACUUGUGGAUCGGUGGUGAUCGUCGGCAAGGCCAAGUCGAUCAGCAAAGCCGUCACUGUCGCCGAGAUCGUCAAGCGCCAGGCUACCCAGGAUCUGACACAGGAGACUGAAAUCAACUCGGUGGAGACCGAGCCUGGCUCCGAGAGCGCCCAGCGGUUCUCAACCCUCCCUGUGAUUCGGAUUACGCUCAAGCCUGCUGCUUAG